CACCAACAUGCGACGGACAAUGAAAAAGCCUGUAAUUGUAAAAUGUAGGAUCUGUGGAAAACCAGCGGAGUCCGAGUGAGAACUAAAGAAGAGAGACGAUUUUUCACCGCCUACAUACGACUCUAAAUGGUUGGACGUCAGUGAACCGGAGCUGCAGCAGCAGGGAUGAGGAUCCGGCUGCAGGGUCCCGGUCACGCUGCCAGCCUUCUCGCUGAGCUCAACCGCUGCCGUCAGAACCGUCAGUACUGUGAUGUUUUCCUUCAAGUUGGGAACCGGACGUUUGCCGCCCACCGUGCGGUGCUCGCCUGCGCCGGGACGUACUUCCGUAACCUCUUCACCAGAACUCCGGCCUCGUCCACGGCAGCCUUCUCUCUGGAGUUCAUCUCUCCGGCCAACUUCGAGAAGGUGCUGACGUUCGUCUACACAGGGGAGAUCCUGACCGACCUGAUCGAUGUCGGGGUUCUGUAUGAGCUGGCUGAGAUGCUCGGCGUCGGGGAGCUGGUCAGGGCUUGUCACGCCACCUUCCCCGACCUGCAGGCUUCUGUCACUGCCAAGUGUAAAUCCAACAGUCCUGGAGAUCUCAGUCUGGACUCCAGCAUGGUGACUGCAGCGUCCAGAGUGGCUGCAGCCUUCGUUCCCACCUCCUCCAUGUGUUCGUCGGCCACCUCCUGCUCCUCCCUGUCCUCAUCAGCCGGUCUGUCUGCUGCUCCGACUCCUGCUGCUCCUCCCUCGCCGGUCUUCCAGCCCAGAACAGCCAGACCGGGCCGAGAAACUCAAACUGGAACUCUGACUCUGGACCUGAAGGCAGAAGACGUCCAGUCUCACAUCGGCUAUGGACAGAUGGCGGAUCAUCAGCUCCCAGUUCUGUUGACCGGUCAGAGUGAAGGGAUGCUGCCUCCGGCUCCGGUGCUGCAGCUGAAGACCGAGCAGGUCCUGGAGGUCCGGGAGGCCGGAGGCAGCUGUGAGGUCGCAGAUGGUCGCACGGUAUCUGAGGGCGUCAGCGAUCCGGCACCUUCCUCUUCCUGCUCUCUGCCGGACUCCUCAGCUCAGCUCGGAGGGGAUUCCUGCACCCCAACGUCGUCCUCAGGUGAAGCUCUCAGCGGCCUGCAGGUGGCGCCGGUGGAGGACGUCCAGAGAGACGGCAGGCUGAUGUUUGGGGAGGUGGAGGAGGGCGGGGCUGAGGAGGAGAGGGAGGCCAACGGGGCGAUGGAGGCGACAGAGGAGGAGCAGUGGAGGCAGCUGGCCGGAGAAAUCAUCGAGCUGAGCGACGACGAGAACUUCCUGGAGGAGGCAGAGGAGGAGGACGAUGAAGACGACCUGGUGUGUGUGGAGAACGGAGGAAACACAAGCAGCCAGGUUCCAGGACCUGUUCUGUCCUGUAAAUCCUGUUUGGUUCCUCUACCCGCCGACCCGGCCGCCAUCAGGAGACACUCGGAGUCCCACCUGACCGACCUGGGCCUCUGCAGACUCUGUGGAGCUUCGUUUCCGGACCGAGCCGCCGCCGUCUCCCACUGCCUCUCGCAUGUUGGCGUGCAGCUGUUCACCUGCGACAUGUGUCAGCUGCAGUUCUGCAGCCAGAGCAAGCUGCUGCGACACCACCGACACUCGGUCUCCAGGUACAGCCUCCCACAGGGGGCGCUGACGAGCAGCAGCCCCGAUUCUGAGCUGCAGUGCUCCGUGUGCACCAAGACCCUCAGCAAGGACUUCCAGAGCGUCAGGAACCACCUGCUGGGUCACGUCUGUCCUCAGAGCCUCACCUGUUCGGUCUGCCACCUCCCCCAGCCCUCCCUCUGCUCCCUGCUGUACCACGCCCUCACCCACCUGUCCUUACCCGUCUUCACCUGCCCCCACUGCGCCCGCUGCUUCGUGGAGCGCCCCCUGCUGGACCGACACAUGGCUGUGCACGCUGAGGAGGCGGCAGCGAAGGAGAGGGAGCGCUGGGCGCUGAGGGCCUUCAGAGUUGGGUCGGACGGAAUCGGAGGCGAGGUGGAGGAGCUGCACUGCUUCCUGUGUCCGCAGACGUUCAGGUCCUCCUCGGCCUUCCAGUACCACCUCAGCCUGCACUCCGCCGAGUCGCCGGGUACUGGAGGCGCCAUCGGAGGCGUCGGGGGUCAGGGUUGGUCGGGGAAACGUAAAGCCGACCAGCCUCUGGAGGGACCGCCGCCCCCCUCGCCUCCGCGGGACGUCGUCAGAAUGAGCAGUCUGGGUUUAGGAGGCUUUGGCUUACCGGAGAAGUUCUUCCAGGGCCCGGCUCCCAACCUGUUCUCAGGGGUCCGAACCAAUGGGAGCACGGGGCCGGACGGGGCGGCCGGGCCGGCGGGGGUCCGAGUGAAGUGGUACCGGUGUCGCUACUGCGGGAAACACUUCGCCCACUCAGGGGAGUUCACCUACCACCUCCGCAUCCACACCGGGGAGAAACCCUACCAGUGCAAAGUGUGUCUGCGCUUCUUCCGAGGUCGGUCCACCAUGAUCUGCCACCUGAAGACGCACGCCGGCGCCCUCAUGUACCGCUGUACCGUCUGCGGACUUUUCUUCUCCACGCUGAAGCUGGUGUCGUCCCACAUGGAGCUGCACAAAGACCACCUGCCUCCGGACUUCAACAUCGAGCAGACCUUCAUGUACAACGACCACUCCAAGGAGCCGCUGGCCGCCGUGGACGCCUGAGGACCACAAACUGUCCAUAGAGACCAGGGCUGCAGCUAGAGAUGACUUAUUAUUGAUUAGAUUUUUUAUUGAUCUUUUAAUUUUUAAAUUGUCAGAAAAAUUUAUUUUAAAUUUGAAAGUGGCAUCUUCAAGUUCCUGCCAAAACUAUCUGAAAAUUCUCACCUUAACCCUUUUUUAUCUUUUGUUUUUUUUUAAUAUUCAGAAAAAAAAUAAAAUGAAACAAAUAUAUGUCCAAUGUUGCAUCUUCAAAUUGCUUCCACAAUACAGAAAUGAGGAAAUUUUCACAUUUAAUAGCUGGAACCAGAGAAAUAAUAAUAAUAAAAUAUUUUUUUAAUUUUUAGAAAUUAAAAAUUUUUUUUUUAAAAAUGAGAUGCUCAAAUUUCUUUUCAAUGAAAGACCACAAACUUUUACUUUAAGUUUAAAGACUGGAACCAGAGAAUAUUUGUCAUUUUUGCAAAGUAAGUUUAGAUUUUUAUUUCAUUUUCAGAAAUAAAAAACUAUAUAUAUAUUAGGGCUGGGACUUUAACACGUUAAUUUCGAUUAAUUAAUUACGGCGAAAAUAAGGCGUUAAAAAUAAUAACGCAACUAAUUGCACCCUCCUCAGUUCCCUCAUUUCUGGCACACCAGUAACGCUGAUGAACACUCCAGCCCAGUAGGUGGCGGUAAUGAACCUAAAGUCUGUUUGUAGCCAUGAAGAAGAAGCACAGGAAGUACUGAGUAAAGUCAGGCACUGGUGAACAGUGAAGGAAGACAAGGUUGAGCUUGUUGGACAGAAAUUUUUCUUUUAAAAAAAUCUUCCCGAUGGCAGCUUGGAUAAAAGCCUGGUUGUGUGUAAAUUGUACAACAAAGAAUUUUCUGAUCACUGCGUCACUUCAAGCUGACGGUAUCACCUCAAUGUAAAACAUGUUGCUGUUAGCACCAGAGCUAACGUUAGCUACGAGUCAUGCUAACGGCUAACGGUGUAGCCAUCCCAUAAUAGACCACUUUUCUAGACAGUGCUUGAGUUUACAGAAAGUCUUAAAAUGUUGAAUAAAAUCGCUAUAAUUGCACUUAGAUUUGCAGUAAUCUGUGAAUGUAGCAGACAGAUGAAAAAUGCAGAUAAAUAGAAAUGAAACAUUUUUGUGGUUUAAGUUUUUACUCUGUCGAGGCUCUGCCUCCUUGGAGGAGGAAUAACCUAAAAAACAAAAAUAUCUCUUUUAAUAACUUAAUUAUAAACUUUUUGUUUAUAAAAAAUUACAUAAAUAAAAAUUGAUAUUCCUAUAAAAAGAACCAUCAAAAUUACACCAUUUAUCAGACCCAGAAAAGAUGAAAACAGAAUGAAUCUCUGGAUUUUCAACUUUCUGAAGCUCCUUGAACUACUUAUGCUGAUUUUAUGUGCCAUACAGUGGAAAAAAUAACUAAAUUCAGGCUUUAAGUCAUCAAAAUCACUUUUUUCUGUAUGUCCCAUUUUCCUUUUUUUAAAUAAAUUUUAAAUUAUAAACAUGUAUAUGUCUAUUCAUUAUUCAAUUGUCAACCACAAUUUUAUUUGAAUUGGAAAAACUUCGCUUAUUGUGUCAAAUAUUGCUAUUUGACAAAACUGCAAUUAAUUGCGAUUAAUUAAUUACAAAGCCUGUAAUUAAUUAGAUUUAAAUUUUUUAAUCGCGUCCCACCACUAAUAUAUAUCCAACGUUGCAUCUUCAGAGUACUUCCAAAACACAAAAAUGUACAAAUUCUCAUGUUAGACGCUGAAACCAGAGAGAGAUUUGGCAUUUUUGCAAAUUAAUUUCUGACUAAAUAUUAUUGUAUUAUUAAUUAUAUAUUUAAUUUAUUGUUACGUUUUUACAUUUUUAGAAAAUGUUGAGAUACAUUCAAAGUGGCGUCUCCAAAUUGCCUCCAAAACAAUGAAAAUCUAAAAAUUCUUGCAUUUUAUAAACUGGAAUCAGGAAAUAAUUUUUUUGGGUCAUUUUAUUUAUUAUUAGUUAAGAAAGAACACACACAUAUAUAAGUCUUAAAUUUACUGCAUUUUAAAAGCUGGAAACAAUUGGCAUUUUUGCAAAAAAAAAAUAAUUUGAACAUUAUUUUAGUUGUUGAUUAUAUUUUUAUUUUAUUGUUAAAUCUUUAAAAUGUACACAUUUCCCCCAAAAUCUUACAAAAACAUUGACUUUACAUGACUUAAAACACUCAUAAAUGCUCAGAUUUUUAGAAGCUGCAACCAAGAAUAUUUGGCAAUUUUGCAAAAAUAAUUUCUGACUAAAGCUUAUUUUUUAUUAUUCAUUAUAAUUUUCGAUUCAUUAUUUAGUUUUAAAUUGUUAGAUUUAAAAGUAUAAAUAUCCAGUGUGGCAUCCACUAAUUGCAUUUUCAAAGCCUGAACCAGAGAAUAUUUGGCAUUUUUCAAAAAUAAUUUCUGACAAAACAUUAUGAUUAUAUUUUUUAUUUAACUGUUUAAUUUUUAAAUUUUCUUUUUUUUUUUUUUUAAAUAAUCAAAGUGGCAAUGACAAACUACUUCCAAAA